AUGUCCGACGGCCAAAUGACAAAUCAACUUAACGUGCAACAGCAGGAACAACAUCCGCUGCUGUCAGCCAUCUCCGGAAAUAAUUAUGCUCAAACGCAGCGUGUGCAUUACUAUCCCAACCACUACUACCCGAGCCACUACUUGCCGGGCCAUUACCACCAAGGAUACCAAGGAUACCAGGGGCAGCAGGGACGACCACCGCUCCUGGCGGCCGCCAGCAGCCACAACGGUGCUUAUGCGGCCACGGCGGCUGGCAGUGGACACUCCGGCUACGGCGGCAUAGAGCCAUCCGUGGAGUACGAGCUGCAGCAUGACCCAGCCUCGGGUAGCUUCUCCUCCUUUCAUCCGAGCAGUGCGGGCAGUGGGCCCGCAUAUCCAUCUGCCCACCAUUCCCCGCCUGGGCCACCACCGCAUCCUCCGCCCACCAAAUCGUCAAAGAAAUCGAAGAAGAGCAGCGGUUCGGUGAUGAACGCACUAACGCUGCUCUCGUUCUUCUUCUUUGUGAACAUGCUGCAGAACUGCCUGAAGGAUCAUAUGGCGGACAUGAAUCCCACCGUGAUGGUGCUCACAGCCAGCGGCACUCGCAACCGUUUCAACAAAUUAGCCGAGAUGAAUUCACGCGAACAGACCUCCACAACGGCCACCGAAUCGGCAACGGCGUCGGCAGCGGCAUCAUCUUGGAAUCAUCAGGCUGCUUUAGUUCCGGCCGUCGAGCCGAGUGUGCCGCCCUCCAUUGUUACGCCCACGGUGGUGCUGCAAUCGCCCUACAGCGGUCACACUGAGAUGGCCAAUAAGCCACCCCACCGCCAGCCAACGGAGUACCAGUCGAACCCUCAGCAAAAUCACCACGAUUAUCGGCCCCACAUCGCGAAUGAUGAUGCUUAUAAUUAUGGGCAGCGCAGACCUCCGCCUCAGACCUUCUCCACCUCCGAUGCCAGCGAUUUCUAUCCUAAUCGCACACACAUCGACCACUCGUCCCGGCCCGACUUUGAAUCGGAGUCGGGCUCCGAUUACUAUCAGCACCACUACAACCCGUAUGCUGGCACAAACUCCCGUCGGCACCCUUGGUCUUAUGGCAGGCAGCGUUACUCAUCCGCACCAUGGUCUUCAGCUUCGUUGGGCGCUCAGUCGGGCGUGAGCUCUUACUUGGAUAAUGCCCAGCGCCGGCAAGGUGAUGAUGACGAUGGUCAUGGUUAUGGCUAUGGCUAUGGCCACAGGGAUAGGGAUAGGGAUAGGGAUACGGAUGCAGAUGGUUACUGGGAUGAGGACGAGAAUGGUCAGCAGCGGCGACGCAGCGAUGCUUUCUAUACUCGCACACGCAUUAAUUGA